CUCCCCCUCCACCCUUCUUCCGAAUCCGAAUCAUCCUUGUCAUAUCGCUAAAGUUAUUGCUUAUUUUACGAAUUAUUAAAUUAUUUUAGUUUAUUUUUUGUUACUUUAUAGUUAAUUUUAACAAAAACGUAUCGAUAGACAAAACAAACUAGUGGUAGAGUUACACGAAUAACUCUCGACCUCAGGCUUCGGCCUGCGGUCUUAACAACACCGUAACCACAAAAAAAAAGACGCAUAAUCCGCAAAAUUCUCUGCCAUACUUCCUCCAAUAUAACGCAACUAUUUCAUAAUAUUAUAUUUAGUUAUACCGUAAACAUGUCUCAGUGGAACAAUACUUACGCUUACAACAACCAAUACCAGGCCUGGAAUGGUGAUCCCAAUGUCCAAUAUGUGAACCAAGGCUACUACCCAAACAGAGCGGACCAACCUAAUCAAUAUGUGAGCUUUAAUGAAUUUCUUUCUCAAAUGCAAAACAAUGCAGCGCCCAGUACUAGCAACUAUAGCAAUGUUCAAUAUGAAAACUACCCUCCAGGGCAGUACAAUUACCAGAACAUACCUACUACUGCCCCCCAGAAUCCUCAGUUAGAAAAUUAUGGUUAUGCAGCUCAAACCUCUAAUGUCCCCAGUGGCUCAGAAUCUUACCCCAUGAAUAUGCAAAGCCAAUAUGCUCCAGCGGCAAACAAUCCUAAUGUGUAUACUAAUGCUAUGAUAUUGAAAUCUAAUCUCACUCCAACAGCCACUGAGUUUGUGCCAAAAAGUUCUAUGAUGAAACCUUCAGUUAGCAGUCAGAACAUUCCUGAAUCUAGUACUGUACGUGAUGAUAAUGAAUCUAGAAAUAAUUAUAGCAAUGUAAAUGAAACUAGGAAUCAAUUCAAUAACUCUAAUGGGUCUAGAAAUACUUACCCCAGUACAAGUGAACCCCGAAGUGUUGGUGGUAGUUCAUCAGACACAAACUGGAGAGAAAGGCCACAGAGUACACAGCAGGUUAAUGAACCAAGCCACAAAACUGAAUCUUACCAACGCACUCAAGAACCCUCAAGAAAUCAAGAAUCCACUAGCCGUCAUCGAGAUAAUAACUAUCGCAACAAUGAAUCUAAUGCAAGGCACCAUGAUACUAGCAGUCGUAAUCAAGAAGGUAACAGCCGUAGCCAUGAAGCUAACAGUCGGAACCAAGAAGGUAACGGUCGAAACCAAGAAGGUAACGGCCGCAAUCAUGAGGUAGAAUCCAGGCAAUAUGAAUCUAGUAACCGGCAGCAGGAUUCCAAUAGCCGGACCUAUGAGGCCACCAACCGCAACUAUGAGAAUACAAGCAACAAAAGAGGCCAAACAAAAUCAAAUUAUAAAUCAAAGUCUAAAGAUGAUGCCCGCACAUUCUACAACAGUUCUAUUAGUAAAGACAGCCAAGAUGUGAGGAAUGGAAGAGGGGAAUCUUCUGGGCGGGGUAAGAAUUGGGUGGGCACUCCUCGUCUACGGGCCAUGGAACGCAACAGCACAGAAGAUGAGCAAUAUGCCAAUACAUACUUACAAGGCAGGGAGGAUAGAGUGGAAAGAGACAACAGAGAUAGGGAUCAUUCAAAUAGAGAACGAGAUGUUCGAGAACCGAAUAGAGAUGUACGAGAUAAAGAUAGAGGAGAUGUGCGAGUAAGGGAUAGAGAUAGAGAACGCAAUGUACGCGAAAGGGACAGAGAUAGGGGGGAGCGUGAUGUAGCAGAUAAAGAUAAGGAACGGGAUAUUCGCGAUCGUGAUAGAGAACACAGAGAGCUGGAGAGAGAACAUAGACACAGGGAAAGAGAGAACAGAGAAAAAGAGAGAGAACAUAGAGAAAAAGAAAGAGAUAACAGAGAGAGGGAAAGAGCUAUAAAAUCUGAACAUAUUCCCAGUCCUGCUCGGUCUAAGGCACGAUUUUUUUAUGACCAAGCUAAUAAGGAGAUGACCCAACGUGAGCGCCUCACUGAACAGUUGGAUAAAGGAACGUUGGAAUGUCUAGUCUGCUGUGAACGAGUGAAACAAUAUGAUCCGGUCUGGUCGUGCAGCAACUGUUACCAUGUCCUACAUCUUAGGUGCAUUCGGAAAUGGGCUAUGAGCAGCAUGGUUGAGAGUAAAUGGCGCUGCCCAGCGUGCCAGAACACAAACGAGACUAUACCGACAGACUACCGAUGUAUGUGCGGCGCGGUCCGUACUCCCGAGUUCCAGCGCGGCGCCGUGGUCGCCCACACGUGCGGGCGCUCCUGUCGCCGCCCGCGCUCCUGCCCCCACCCCUGCACCUUGCUCUGUCAUCCGGGACCAUGUCCACCUUGCCAGGCUACUGUUAUGAAGUCUUGUGGUUGUGGAGCGGAGAAUCGCUCAGUGCUAUGCAGCAGUAAGUUGCCACAAGUGUGUGGUCGCGUCUGUGGACGAACUUUGGAGUGCGGCGUGCAUAAGUGUACCCAGAGCUGUCAUGAUGGACCUUGCGAAACUUGUACUGAGAUGGUUGAACAAGUAUGCUACUGUCCGGCUGCGAAGGCCCGCUCCGUGGCGUGCACGGCGGAGUGCGGCGGCGCCGUGCUGUGGUCGUGCGGGGAGGCGUGCGGGCGGGUGCUGGCGUGCGGGGCGCACGUGUGUCGCGCGCCGUGCCACGCCCCGCCCUGCCAGCCCUGCGCGCUACUGCCGCAGUAUGUCACCACCUGCCCCUGCGGGAAUACCAAGUUAGCUAAAGAUUCUCGCAAGAGCUGCACGGAACCGAUCCCGCUGUGUGGCAACAUUUGUGCGAAACCACUAUCGUGUGGCCCGGCUGGGGACAAACACUUCUGCAAGAUCAAUUGCCAUGAAGGUCCGUGUCCCGAGUGCCCGGACAAGACAGUGUUACAGUGUCGCUGCGGACACUCCAGUCGCGAGGUGCCGUGUGUGGACCUGCCACAGAUGUACAACAAUGUGUUCUGCCAGAAGAAAUGCAAUAAGAAAUUGUCGUGUGGCCGACACCGCUGCCGCACGGUAUGUUGCGCGGCGACGUCGCACCGCUGCGCCGUCGUCUGCGGCCGCACGCUGGCCUGCCAGGCGCAUCGCUGCGAGGACUUCUGUCACACUGGUCACUGCGCGCCCUGCCCUAGACUCAUAUUCGAGGAGCUGUCGUGCGCGUGCGGCGCGGAGGUGUUGUUCCCGCCGGUGCGGUGCGGCACGCGCGCGCCGGCCUGCGCCGCGCCGUGCGGCCGGCCGCGCGGCUGCCCGCACCCGCCGCACCACUCCUGCCACUCGGGGGACUGCCCGCCCUGCGUCGUGCUCACCACCAAGCGGUGCCACGGGAACCACGAGGAACGAAAAACAAUACCGUGUUCCCAAGAAGAGUUCUCGUGCGGUCUACCCUGUGGAAAGCCCCUUCCUUGCGGCAAACACACUUGUAUAAAGACUUGCCAUAAAGGACCCUGUGAUACUGGCAAAUGCACCCAGCCGUGCACGGAGAAGCGUCCGUCGUGCGGCCACCCGUGCGCGGCGCCGUGCCACGCGGGCGGGGGCGACCCCACGCCGUGUCCCAGCGCCGCGCCCUGCCGCCGCCUCGUGCGCGCCACCUGUCCCUGCUCGCGGCGGCACGCCGAGCGGACCUGCGCCGACAACGCCCGGGAUUAUGCCAAGAUGAUGAGCGCUCUAGCGGCUACCAAGAUGGCCGAGGGAGGUACAGUUGACGUAUCCGAAGUGCAGCGCCCUAGCAAUAUGCUCAAAACUUUGGAGUGCGACGACGAGUGCCGCGUAGAGGCGCGCACGCGUCAGUUGGCGCUGGCCCUUCAGAUCCGCAACCCCGACGUGUCGGCCAAGCUGGCGCCGCGCUACAGCGACCACGUCCGCACCACCGCCGCUAGAGAACCUGCCUUCGCUAACCAAGUGCAUGACAAACUUACCGAGCUCGUGCAAUUAGCUAAAAAGUCAAAACAAAAGACUCGUGCGCACUCGUUCCCGUCAAUGAACAGACAGAAGCGUCAGUUUAUACACGAGAUGUGCGAGCACUUCGGUUGUGAGAGCGUGGCCUACGAUGCUGAACCCAACAGGAACGUCGUGGCCACCGCUGAUAAAGAAAAGUCAUGGCUACCAGCAAUGAGCGUGAUGGAGGUGCUAGCCCGCGAGGCAGGCAAGCGUCGUGUCCCGGGCCCCGUACUCCGCGCCCCGCCCGCCGCACUGGGCUCCUCGGGGCCCACCGCCGGCCCUUCACAGACGACUAACUCUGCUCCCAAUAAAUCAUCUAGCGGCUGGGCGACUUUAACUUCAACAAACGCUUGGGCUGCUCGCAGCCAGCCGAAGCAGCCAAGCCAGCCACAACCGCCGGCCGAAAAAAUCGACUACUUCGACAACCCGCCCGACAACUAGUCGACUAGCUCAAAUUGUAGCGUAGGUACGUACACUCAGUGCAUUUUAUACGCAACAUUUACCUUAAUUUUUGCUCUGGCAACCUUUAAUUUUAGCCAGGUGCCAUUUUGAUUUAGCUGUGUAUUAUACAAGAGCGUUAUGUAAGCUGUGGUCUUAAUUUGAACAUCGAAUUGUAUUGUUAUAAUUACCACACUUACCGUUAAUGAUAUUGGAGGAAAAAUCUAUGUAAUCCAAAGGGGGAUUUAGAACUAACAUUAUCACUUAUUACUUAGUAAAGCUAAAAGCAUGUCAAUUUUCAUUGUAUUUAUGGCUUGGAACUCAAGUUAUAGAAUUAUAAUCUAUAGUUAUAUUGCAAUUGUCAGCUGAUUUUUUUCCUUAUUAUAAUCAGUUGUAAUAUCAAGCAAAUUAUUAUAAUUAUUACAUUACCAAGUUCCUGAUAUAGUGAUCUCCCAGUUAUUUAUAUAUUUAUGUACUAAUGUAGUAGAUUUAAUCCACACAGCUUUUUUCUUCUUUUUUAAUGCACUGAGUGUAUAUCGACAGACAAUAGAGUCAAUUUUAUAAAUGUUUACUAUUCUUAUUGUAAUGUAUUGUACACUAAAUCAAAAUAUCAGAUAGAUUAAUACAUAGAUUUUUAUGGGGCUAUUACCAUAUUGGGGUGGAUGGAAAGCCAAGUGAAUGGAGACAGUAAAGGGUUCAUACCUAUAAAAAGAUGAAUAGGGCAUGUGUUCAAGAAAAUACUCUUACUUAUCCUUAUUUAACUAUUUAGAGACUUAAUUGACCACAUGUCAUAUUCAUUCCAUGUUAUGGUUCCCUUUCAAUGUAUAGUUUCCAUGUGUCCUCGAAUUUCCAUCCACCCCAUUCUAACCAAUAAAUUUCAUUCGGCGUCUUUAUGAAUUUACAGCGGAGGAAAGUCUGCUUUUCGCAUAAUUAAAUUAUAAAUAUAUUAAUGAAUAAUUCCAAAUUGUAUGUGCCUAUACACAAUAGUAAAUGCCGUUGAAUUACCGAAUUAUCGCCACAAGUCUUGAAAAUAUCAAUGACUGGCAGUUUGUAUUGUGUGUAGGAACUUAAAAAAAAAAUUAGCACAAAAUGUGAAGCACCUUAUAUUAAAAAGCUGGACCCCUUUACCCAUCCUAAUAAAUAAGCAGCAACUUGAAUUAUUUAUAGAACAAAAAUAAUAUAUCCUACAAAGCACCUCACCAAGUCCUGAAAUGACACACAAUUAAAUAUUAUUUAAGUAAGGUAUUUCAGAUAUUUACCUAAAUGUUUAGAAAUUAAUAAUCGUAUAGAUUCGUGUUAUUAUUGUUACCCGACUAUAGUUGGUUGAUUUUAGCCAAUAUUUACAUAGUUACAGCAUUAACCAAGCGUGGUAUUUUUAUUUUAUUGAGACGACUGUGCGUUAUACUUAAAUAACCACGAUUUAGAUAGAAUAAUUCAGUUAUUUGUUAUAAGCCCUAUGCGAGCCCCUGCAGGCUAUAGUCGGGUUUUAGUUUUAAUAAAUGUCUAUACAUGGAGCUCCCAGUAUAUAAUAAUUGCGGAUGAUACAAUAUUUGUGGUCUAACCAAGAAUUUGUAUCAAUCUCAAUACACAGUCCAUGCCUACUCCCAACUUAGUUGGGGUAAGCCGAAUGAUAGAAAUAGAGCUUUAUUCUUUGUUACUAAACUCCAUUAUCUCUGCCCAUACUUUGGAAGAGAUUUAAUACGUCCGUUAAACGUAUUUUUUUACUCUUAUCCAGUACUGGGCGCACCAUGCAUCAAUAUUCCUUUGAAUAAAACAUAUUCUGGUAAUUGUGAUAAAAUAAAAUACAAAAAAAAAACAGUAUACUAGUUGAAUGUUUAAUUGUUUAAUUACCUACCCUGAAUGUUGUAUAUGCAAGCCUUAAUAACGAUGCACGUUUUUAUAGCUAUCAGUAUAUUAAUAAGGCCUCUUUCAUUGAACUGUUCAGAAACAUUGCGUUCAUAUAUUAAUACAUAAAGUAUACUAUUUAUAUGGCCAAAUAGAUGUUUAUAUAUUUAGAUAUUUUUCAUAAAGAGAUACAUCAUUAAAUGUUACCACGUACAAUAGAAUUUAAAACAAUUUACUUGUUGUUGUUAUACUUAUUAUGUUUCUGCCGUAUAUUUUUGUAAUUAUUUUGUUCUACUGGCCUAAGUCCGAUUUCAUUUGAUUUGUUUGUUAAAGCUAUAAUGGCUGGCACCAAAACUGUCAACAUUUUAGUGGUGGGCUUAAGUUCUUACACUUACUUGUCUUCACGUUAUUUAUUACAUUUAAUUUCAAAAUGCUUUCAAAUGGUUUUUUCCUUUUUCUACAAUGCGCAAACUUUCUCCCACCACGGAAAAUCUUGCCAUCUUUGCUGCCGGGGACUAUUGUGUAGUUGGACUCUAUUGUAAAACUUCACAGGCCAAUAGGUUCUGAUUUAAUAUUUUGACUUGUUUUUGAGACACCAACACAAAAAUAUUUCAAUAGAAAGUUGAUACGAGAAAAAAGUCCUAAUACGAGAAAUAGUUGUUUUAAUGAGGGUCUAUACACGGCUACACUAACUAGGGGCGUUAAUGCGGCGUAACUUCAAUUGGCCAAUCUUAAAUUAUCUUACACCUCAAUAGCGCCCACUGAUUAUAAUAAAAUUAAAAAAGCACAAAAAGGAAAAUGUUGCAUGAAUCAUUUGUAUUAUUAUACUGUUUAUUGGAAAUCGUAGGUUAAUAGAUUCCACAAUAAAAUUCAAGCUUUUUAUACAUAUUUUUCCUUUUUCUAUAACGAAAUACUUGUUUUGGUACGAAUUAAAUGGUGAAGGGGAUGCGUUCUUAUGAAACACUUUCGAUGUAACUUCUACGUAGAAAUCUAUAAAAAUAUUGUAACCAACUUAAAUUCGCUGUUGUACAGGCGACAUGUGUAUUAAAGUGUUACAUAUUUGUUA